GGCUGCGGCGGCCGAGCCGCGGUGUGUCUGCAGCAUCCAGUUUUGGCGUCUCCAGCCCCCUGCGCGCCACGGCUUCUGUCUCCUCCCCCUCCCGCCCAUGUGGGGCUCCCGCGGCGAGCCAACUCUGCGCACUUUGCCCCUUGUUGGCAGCGAAUAAAAGGGGUCACAGGAAAUACGGGACACGGUCACCCACUGCCAGCCCUAGCCUUUAAAUCCCUAGCCCGGGGAGAUCCAGGCAGAGCGUGUUGGGUCUGGUCACGGAUCCAGAGCGCGAGGCACCCAGAAAGGUUCCGAGUGCGGCGCAGCUGAUCGUCGUGCAAAAGCGGACUCCGGAGCCGAGUGUCCGCUCCGCGCCGACUGCCCGGAACUCCGCUCCGCAGUCUCAGUCCUGGGAAAGUGAUCCCGGCGUCCGAGAGCCCAGAUGCCGGCCCACUUGCUGCAGGAGGAGAUCUCUAGCUCCUACACUACCACCACCACCAUCACAGCGCCUCCCUCCAGAGUCUUGCAGAAUGGAGAAGGCAAGUUGGAGAAAAUUCCACUGUACUUGGAAGAAGACAUUCGCCCUGAAAUGAAAGAUGACAUCUAUGACCCAAGCUACAAGGACCAAGAUGGUCCAAAGCCCAAGCUUGAAUAUGUUUGGAGAAACAUCAUCCUUAUGGGUCUGCUACACUUGGGAGCCCUGAUCGGGAUCACCAUGAUCCCUUCCUGCAAGCUCUACACCUGUCUCUGGGCGUUUCUCUACUAUUUGAUCAGUGCCCUGGGCAUAACAGCGGGAGCUCAUCGCCUGUGGAGUCACCGAACUUACAAAGCUCGGCUGCCCCUGCGACUCUUUUUGAUCGUGGCCAACACGAUGGCAUUCCAGAAUGACGUUUUUGAGUGGGCCCGAGAUCACCGUGUACACCACAAGUUUUCAGAAACAGAUGCUGAUCCUCAUAAUUCCCGGCGUGGCUUUUUCUUUUCCCAUGUGGGUUGGCUACUUGUACGCAAGCACCCAGCUGUCAAAGAGAAGGGUGGUUUGCUGGAUUUGUCUGACCUAAAAGCCGAGAAGCUGGUGAUGUUCCAGAGGCGGUACUACAAAUCCGCAGUCCUGCUGAUGUGCUUCAUUCUGCCCACGCUGGUGCCCUGCUAUUUCUGGAACGAGACUUUUCUGAACAGCUUGUACGUGGCCACUUUCUUGCGUUACGCCGUCGUGCUUAACGCCACCUGGCUGGUGAACAGCGCUGCCCAUAUGUACGGCUAUCGGCCUUAUGACAAGAACAUCAACCCCCGAGAGAACAUCCUGGUUUCACUGGGAGCUGUGGGAGAGGGCUUCCAUAACUACCACCACACCUUCCCCUAUGACUACUCCGCCAGUGAGUACCGCUGGCACAUCAACUUCACCACAUUCUUCAUCGACUGCAUGGCUGCCAUCGGUCUGGCUUAUGACCGGAAGAAGGUAUCGAAGGCCGCCGUCUUGGCCAGGAUUAAGAGAACUGGAGAUGGAAUCUUCAAAAGUGGCUGAGUUUUGGAUCCUUCAGGGUUCUUUUCUGAAAGCCAGCCAGGCAGAGUUUUAAUGUUCUGUUUAUUAACUACUGAAUAAUGCUACCAGGAUGCUAAAGAUGAUGUUAACCUAUCCAGUACAGUAUUCUUUUAAAAUGCAAAAGUAUUGAAAGCCAACAACUCUGCCUUCAUCAUGCUAAGCUGAUAUUCUUCUUCUCUCUCUUAGUCCCAUUUUCCUUCUCUUUGUUUUAUUCCUAUCACCUUUCUUUCUCUUCCCCCUCACUGCCUCCCGGGCAAGUAGCUAGUCAGUCAUUGGUGGGUGUCCGGCUUCCAAAGCUUAGACAACCUUUCUGUAGUCCCAAGCAAGUGAGUCUUGCUCCAGAUAACUCUUCCCUUGAGCUGUUCUGAGCUUUAAGGUAGGUGACUCAAGCUAGAGAAAUGACAAAUCUUUUGGGAAGGCCCCUGUUCAUUACCUUCACCCCAGGCUCUUGCCAAAUGGGUUGGAAAAAUAACCAUUUGGAAUGAAGCUUUUAAACAGGUAAAUUGCCAGGGGAGAGAGUUGGCAUGCAUGGUUUGAUUGGUAAGUAAGGAUGGGGUGAGGUGGGAAACAAGGCAGAAACCUCCCACUGUGAUCAGACACACGACUGCCUGCAUGACAAGGACUUAAAGCCCCUCCUCACUACCCGCCCCCCCCCCAAAAAAAGCCCUCCCACCCUCACAACCAGCCCCCCACACUUCCUUUCUUUCUUCACUGAGUAAGGAAUGGCCAUGGAGCUCAGCAGGGCUGAAACAAAAAAACAAGUCUCAAUGUCCCAAUAUAAUUUAGGCUGGGGAUAAAGAAGUAGUAUUGUUUGAAGCAAAAUUGGUCUAUGUUGGGAAGGCCUGUUUUUUUGUUUUUAAAUGACAGGAAGAUUUCUUACUUCACAUAACAAGAAGUCUUGAGGUUGGGUUUUUUCCAGAAUUGGUGAAUCCAGCAGCAUCUUUCUCCUCUGCCAUCUGUGGGAAGCCAGUGAGUUCCCCUCCUAGUAACCUAGUAAGAAGGUGGUUGCAGCAUUUCCAGACAAGAAAGAACUACAUUGGUGGUGUGGUGGUGAACAUAGCAACUUUCCAAAAAAGGAGGAGUUUUUAGAGCUGGGUCAAACAUCAAUGUA